UAGUUCUUGUAGACAUUUUGAUUUAAAUACAUUUGCAUCGAAUGCUCACAUUUUCAUGAGUACAUUGAACUCAUUAGAAAAAAUGCGUUGACAUUUGACAUUCAACUACUCUUCUAUUUAAUUUCAUUCUUUGAAUUGUCUCAGAAUGAAAUGAUUGUUUAUUUAUUUAUUGAUUUUAUACUAUUGUACAUUAAAAAUGUUUUAGCAAAUCCACCGCUGUAAAACAUUUUUAUCUAAUUUGUCCGCUGUAUUCUCAAACAGCUCACCUAAAUAGAUGGCCAAUAAAAUAUACGCAGUGUCGACAAAUUUCAUGUAUCAUUGAAGAUGAUCCGGUCUAAUCGUCUUAAUUAAUUAUACAAUUUAGUUUUUGUGUAACCUUGCCUACCCAAGAUCAACGAUGGCUGUUGUUAAAACCCCAGUUCUGAAAGUAAUAUUAUGUGGUGAAUACGGUGUUGGGAAAAGUUCUAUAUUCCGUAGAUUUAUCAAUGACACCUUUGUUCCUAACGCAGACAGAAGAGCCACUUUGGGACUAGAUCAUUUUGAAAAAUUGUAUCAGGUUGGAGACAAAGAAAUCAAGUUACAGUUAUGGGAUACCGGAGGCAUGGAGAGAAUUGCAUCUGUUACCUCCAGCUACUAUAAAUUUGCGGAAGCUGCCAUCUUAGUGUUUUCCUUGGACAAUUCUUCAUCAUUCCAUGUUCUGAGUCAGCACUUACUGGAUAUUGUGACAUAUGCUGAAAAUGCCAAAAUAUUUUUGUGUGGAAACAAGUCUGAUCUUGAAGGAACAUCUCCACAGGUUACUGAUGCUGACAUAGAAACAUUCUGUGAACAAUGUCACAAUCUCAUAAACACUACAUACAAGACAUCAUGUAAGAAUGGAAAAGGCAUUGAAGAAAUGUUUUCUGACAUCGCUUUACAACUGGUGGAAUCAAACAGAUCAAGGAUUGAGUUGCAGACCUUAGAUCAUGAUAGCUUUAAGAUAUCAAACCCCGAGCCACCUGAAGAUUCCAGCUGCAGUUGCUGAACAUGCUUUUAAGCUUAAGCAUUUACUUAGCACCUAAUGACAUACCCAUGCUCCCCAGUUAUUUUCAAAUGUUAAGAGGAUCUACAAAAUUUCAAAAACAAUUCACCUCAAUUACUUCUACUUUACGAAUUUACAGAUUGUAUGAUUGUCAUAUGUAUGUUAAUACCCUGUAUAAUAUUUAAUUAUGAUGAUUUGUUUUUUUUAAAUGUACAUAUUAUGUGACUGGGGCCAACAAAACGUCCCACUUUGUCGCUUGCCAUAAGGACGCCUGGUCAGAUUAUUUGUAAAGACAUACAAGCAAAUUUCGUCCUUAUGGCAAGCGACAAAGUGGGACAUUUGCCGGCCGCGGUCACAAUAUGAUUAGGGUUGCCUAAUGUGAUUGGGUAUGGCAAUUUAUUUUAAAAUACUGAUGUUAGUACAUUUUGUAAAAAAAACUAGCUUUGCAACUAAUAAUUAUACAUGUAGACAGACCAAGCAAAGUUGGCAGCGAUUUUGAUAGCUCUGACUGUGCAAGUGUUAUUGUAAACAUCAAACUUCUAUGAAAUUAUGCCAUUUAUAACACUUUCUUAGUCUGGGCUAUCAAAAUCACUGCCAACUUAACUUGGUCUAUCUCUAUGUAGUGAUGUGCUCUAAAUAUUCAUAUGUCAGCUAUAGUCUUGACUUUGUCUAUAAACAAACACCUCUUACACUAAUAUUUUAGCUCUAAUAAAUAUUUUUUUAUUUCGUAGGUUUUGUUUUUGUUAGUGAUGUAUUAUGUCCUUCAUAUAUAAAAGAAGCUUUAAUUUCAUGUUCAUUAAUUGUUUAGUCAGUUUUGUUAAAUAAAGCAGGUUUUAUAGGAAAAAAUUAAUAAUGUCAGUUGGUGCAAGUGCUCCCAUGGGCCAAGGCCAGCUGGUAUACUUGGUGUAAGAUUAUGAUGAAUAAAUACGACUACACAGUGAAUUGCAAUGCAAAAACAGAAAUAGGAUAUUGUGGUAUGCCACCCUGCAAAGAAGUUAUAAUAUAGGAUAGAUUGUAUACUUUAUGCUGACUGUAAUUUGAUUAUGAUGGCUUGAAUUUAAAUCAUAUCGCUCUUUAGAGUUUACUUCUUAUAAUAGGAUGAUAACAUGCAUGCAGAACAUGCAUUGUGUUUAUACAAUUUAUGCCAGUGGCCACUCUUGUCAUCGACUUUCCUAAAAUACUUUAUUUAUUAUUUAUAAAUAAAGUGUGAGGGCAUAGCUUUUCAAAGUUGUAGAUGAUAAUUUAUUAUGUUAUGGUGCUACAUACCUACAAUAUUUUGUGUAAUCGUUACGUGCUGUUUGUAAACAUAUGCCCUCAAUGUUUGUAAUGUUUGUGUGUUGUAACGUCUAGUUAACUCUGAUAUAAGGGGUAACAUAUUAAUUGUAAUUUUUUAUGCAGCAUUGUUUCAUUAUUAUCAACAUGAUAGUGUUAUUGACUAACAUUGUAAGUAAUAAAAAAUGCUAUCUCUAAAACUCA